AUGCAGAUCUUCGUCAAGACUUUAACCGGAAAGACCAUCACUCUCGAGGUUGAGAGCAGCGACACCAUCGACAACGUCAAGGCCAAGAUCCAGGACAAGGAAGGUAUCCCUCCUGACCAGCAGAGGUUGAUUUUUGCUGGUAAGCAGCUGGAAGAUGGCCGCACUCUUGCUGAUUAUAACAUUCAAAAGGAAUCAACACUUCACUUGGUCCUGAGGCUCAGGGGAGGAACCAUGAUUAAAGUGAAGACUUUGACUGGAAAGGAAAUUGAAAUUGAUAUUGAGCCAACUGAUACAAUUGACCGUAUCAAGGAACGGGUAGAAGAAAAAGAGGGAAUUCCACCUGUGCAGCAGAGGCUCAUAUAUGCUGGCAAGCAGCUUGCUGAUGACAAAACAGCUAAAGAGUACAACAUUGAGGGUGGUUCUGUCCUUCACUUGGUGCUUGCAUUGAGGGGUGGUACUUAUUAA